CCAUGUUGGAUUUUCCUGCUGAUAUUAGUGUUUUCUCGAAAUUUGCCCCCAAUUCUUGACAAUCGUGCGGUUGUACCGUAAUUUUAGUUCAAUGAAGAUAAGGCUGACGUCAUGCCUAAAGAAAAGUAUGAACCGCCGAAUCCUCGGCGGGCCUAUAAGAUAAUGUCAGCAGAAGAAGUUGCUUCAGGAAAACCAUCCCAUUGGCCGGAAUUGGAAAUUAAUGGAAUUGUGAAGAAUCUUAGUCCUGAGUUAUGGACUUUACAUCAUUUGACUUCUUUAUAUUUGAAUGGUAAUAAUUUAUCUCGAAUACCACCUGAUAUAUCAAGGCUUCGGAAUUUAAUGUUUUUAGAUUUGUCUUCAAAUAAAUUACGAACGUUACCGGCAGAACUAGGAGAUAUGGUGAAUCUCAGGGAAUUAUUGCUCAAUAACAACUGUUUACGAGUGUUACCCUACGAGUUGGGCAGGCUGUUUCAGCUACAGACACUAGGAUUGAAAGGGAAUCAGUUGUCAUCAGAAUUGAUGGGCCUUUAUAGCGAGCCAAAUGGAACAUCCAAAUUACUUCUUUAUAUGCUGGACAACCUGGCAGACCCACAGAGUCAGCCGCCUCAAAGGCAAUGGAUACAAUUUGCUGCACCUGAUAGAACAAGACCAACAGCUAUAUUCAGUGUAAUGUGUUACAACGUAUUGUGUGACAAAUACGCUACCAGACAAAUAUACGGUUACUGUCCGUCAUGGGCGUUAGAUUGGGACUAUCGACGGAAAGGCAUAAUGCAAGAAAUACUACAAUAUGGUGCAGACAUAAUAAGCUUGCAAGAAGUUGAAACGGAACAAUAUUACAAUUUUUUCCUGCCCGAGUUAAAGCAGCUGGGAUAUGAUGGUGUAUUCACUGCCAAGUCGAGAGCUAAGACAAUGACAGAACAUGAAAGAAGAUUUGUUGAUGGGUGUGCUAUCUUCUUCAAAGUAAACAAGUUUUCCCUUGUGAAGGAACACAUAGUUGAGUUCAAUCAGGUAGCAAUGGCUAAUGCUGAAGGAUCUGAAGUGAUGCUGAAUAGAGUAAUGACCAAGGAUAACAUUGGUAUUGCUGCUAUGUUGGAAACUAAAGAUGGUAUAUUUGAAAACUCAGGACCACAUUGCGAACUUCCAUCUGCUCGUCAGUUGAUUUUAGUCGCAAAUGUACACAUUCAUUGGGAUCCUGAGUACAGUGAUGUUAAACUCAUACAAACUAUGAUGUUCAUGAGUGAAUUGAAAACAUUUAUUGAAGAGUCAAGUCAUAGUUUCCGACCAGGAGCAAUGACGCCUGAUAGUAAUUCCAUUCCACUUGUGUUCUGUGGAGAUCUGAACUCACUGCCAGAUUCAGGCGUUAUUGAGUUUUUAUCACAAGGCGCAGUUGAUGUCAAUCAUGCCGACUUCAAAGAUAUAAAAUAUCAUUCCUGUCUCACCAACUUCUCAAGCAACGACCACCCGAGCGAGUUCUGUCACUCAUUCAAACUCCGGCGGGCUUACGAGGGAAAUAUAAUGAGUUUCACCAAUUAUACAUAUGAUUUUAAAGGCGUUAUCGACUACAUUUUCUACUCGCACCAGUUCAUGCAUCCAUUGGGUGUUCUGGGUCCAAUCGAUCCUCGAUGGUUUGAAGAAACGAAGCUCCUUGGUUGUCCUCAUAUCCACGUCAUGUCAGAUCAUCUUGCAUUACUCACAGAGUUCGAAAUGUCGUUUCCGAUGCCUGGCAAUAAUUUAAUAGCUCGGAGAUAG